UGCCUUUCAUCUAUCGUGCCAUUGGUUCAAAGCAUCUUCCUGCCAGUAACAUCAGUUUUGUUCACCUUGAUUCCCAUCCAGACCUCCUCAUUCCUGUGAAUAUGCCUGCUGACACUGUAUUUGACAAAGAAGCUCUUUUUAGUGAAUUAAGUAUUGAGAACUGGAUUAUGCCUGCUGUUUAUGCUGGCCAUAUUUCUCAAGUAGUAUGGCUUCACCCUCCUUGGGCUCAGCAGAUCUCAGAAGGAAAACACCAUUUUUUAAUUGGGAAAGACAUAUCAACAACUACAAUCAGGGUUACAGGUACAGAUCAUUACUUUUUAAGUGAUGGUCUUUAUGUCCCUGCUGAUCAGCUAGAAAACCAGAAGCCUUUAAAUUUACAUGUCAUUCUCAUCAAUCCUACUGAAGCAUCAAACAGCCAGGAAGAAAAUGGCGAUGUAGCAUCUGCUAAGAGACUGAAGCUAAAUACAGAUGACACAGCAAGCACUGCUUCUGCCUCUUCAUCAGUGGCUACUGGUGACCUUGAUCACAGCACCCCAAGUCUAAAGAAAAAGGAAAUGCAGAAUGCAAAUGCCCAGAACAAGGCAGAAACACUGUCAGAAUGCUCAGCUUCAAGCUCUCUCAGAAACAGCAAAUGCCCAAUAAAGGAAAUAGUUGAAGAUGUCUGCCAAGUACUGCAGAAAGGGGAUGCAUAUGUUUUAGACAUUGACUUAGAUUUUUUUUCAGUUAAAAAUCCGUUCAAAGAAAUGUACACACAGACAGAAUAUGAGCUUUUACAAGAGUUGUACAGUUUCAAGAAGCCUCAUAGAAAUGCAACAGAGGAGGGCUUGCUGGAUUGUGUUGAAAACCGUGUUCAUCAGCUAGAAGAUCUGGAAGCAGCAUUUGCAGAUUUGUGUGACAAUGAUGAUGAAGAGACACUACAGAAGUGGGCUUUAUAUCCUGGAAUGAAGCCACUUGUGCAACUAGUUCACAGUUUGAAAACCAGGAUGGAAAGCCCAGACUAUGAAAUGGUCCAUCAGGCUGGUCUGACCUGUGAUUAUAUGGAGCUUCCUCACCAUGUUAGCACUGAAGAGGAGAUUGAAGGCCUCAUACAAUCCAUUAAAGUUCUACUAAAAGAUAUGCCUAAACCCACACUUGUGACAGUUGCUCGAUCAAGUUUGGAUGACUAUUGCCCUUCAGAGCAGGUUGACAUCAUUCAAGAGAAGGUUCUCAAUUUGCUAGGCUCGGUGUAUGGCACUCUGGAUGUGCACUUAGAUUACUCAAGCACCUCAUCUUCUUUGUGACCUUUCUUCAUGUAUUGCCCUCAAAUGCAGUGAAUUAAUUUAAAUUGCAUAUUAUUUAUGGUUGCAAGGGGAAAAAUACUGUUGUUUCAGCAGGUGGCACUAGAACCCAAGCUGAACAAGAGCUAGUUUUGAGUUGCAUUGCUUUCUCCAAGACAGCUGCAUCUGAACUGUCACCUGUUUGGCUUUGUUCAGAUUAGUUCUAUGCUUGUUAUUUUUACUGUCUUGCUUCUUAAAAUUAGUGCAAGAGAAACAAGUUUUUGUCCAUAAAAAUGUAUUUUUUUUCACCUGAUUUCUGUGUCUGUAAAAUAUAUAUAUAUAUAUACACCUUCUUAAAAUAAACUGAUGUCUUGUAUCUAAUUACACUUUUUUUGAUAGAGUUUGGUCAUGAUCCUCAGUUACAGUGUACCUUUAAAAACUUAUCUGAGUAAUUCUACUAGGACAUUAAGUUUACACAGCAAUCUUUCUUAACAUCUGUGCUUGAGGUAACCAGGCAACCCCCUAUCAUUUCGCUAGAGCAGCUUAUGGCUCUGCCCAAUCCACAGAAUAUAAUUUAUAUUUAUACUCUCUUGCAUUAAUACCGUCUUAUUUUGCCUUAGGGUUUUUCAUUGGUGACUCAGAUAAUAUCCCUACUGUAUAGACAUUGGCUUGGUAUUUUCAUUUUUGAGUAUGAAAAGUAUGCAUGCAUGUGGAUGGAGCUAAUGUAUGGAGCUAAAUCACUGUUUUCUUCAGAAACAAAUAUUGAACUUCAUUGAAGUCAGCAGCAAAACCGUCUGUACUAGGUUUUUGCUCAUUUCAGUAUUGCUAUUUGGAAAAUAACAGUUUUAGAACCAUUUAAUUUAGAAAGCAAUCUGGUUCUAGAGAAAACUGCCCCUUCCAGAGGAAAAAAAACAACACACCCACAGGAUUUAUUUGGGAAUGAAACUGAAAUGGGAAAGAGAAAAUACCACCUAGAAUAUUGUCUUUUACUAUAAAUAAAUUAUGCUUGUAAUUUC